ACAGAGAAUGUUGUCAUUAGCAAUUAGGUAACUGGGCCAGGUGAGUCUGAGUCACUUGGUGCAAUACUGACUCGUGAAGUAAGAGAGAUUAAUUGUUUUAUAUAAAUCUAACGUAAUACAGUAAUAACAGCAGGGGAAAGUCAGUGGGAGGUUGGAGAGUAGCAUUAAGUACAGAGAGUUAUUUGUUGCAUAAUGUAUCGUGAGAAUGAGCUUCUGUUUGAGAGACACCUACAAUUGAUAACAUACCAGAGGACUCCUUUCUGCAGAUGAUUGAAGCUGAAGCAUGAUGAAAACUCCUCCCUCUGUUACCCUUCGGGUCAAACGCAAAAAUGUUCGCCCAAUCAGAAGAAACCUCAGCCUCAGCAGACACAGUGGUCAAAAUACCCAGGGUGUGGUGUGGAGUAUCCAGUCAAACCAGGGCGACCUGUAUUUUACCAAAGUGCCUCAGUCAACUGUUGUCCAGCGGCAGGAAAUAGCAGCAUAUUUCCGUCUUUUUGAGGAUGACCUGAUAAAAGACUUUCUAAGGGUGGAUGGUUGCUAUAAAUUGACAGACAAGUACCUCCUAGCCAUGACCUUUGUGUACUUCAAAAGGGCCUGCUUCACUAUUACCGAAUACACCAGAAAGAAUUUUUUCAUUGCACUGUAUCUUGCCAACACCAUGGAGGAGGAUGAGGAGGAGAGCAAGUAUGAAAUUUUUCCGUGGGCAUUGGGCAAGAACUGGAAAAAACUGUUUCCCCGCUUCCUUGAGCAGCGAGACAAGCUGUGGGCUCGCAUCGAGUACAGAGCUGUUGUCAGCAGGCGCUGCUGUGAAGAGGUGAUGGCCAUUGUGUCCUCUCAUUUCGUGUGGCAGCGGCAGCGUUCCGAUCACCAUGGCGGUGCCCAGCGGCAGUAUAAUGAUGGCGACCGUGUCCGUUUUCCCCGUGGGCCCUAUGCCUCACCUGUGUCCUGUUCCCUCUGUAAGCGUGACACCAGAAUAGGCCACACCUCCUCCCUCCAGAGGCUCAGCUGUGCAAAUCCCAAAGGAGGGAAUGAUUCUUCCUGCAAGUCGACAUUGAACACCUUCAUGGACUGGAUUAAUGAGUAGAGCAUCAGCGACUUCCUGUUUAAAUCAACCAAGCAGUUAAUGCUUCCUUU